ACCUAUGAAGUUAAACCCCCUCUGAGAAUACUACGCUUUUGAUUUACAUUCUCGUGAAAAUUAAAUUUAAAUCAUGAAUUCAAUCCGUAAAACAUCUCAGUUUGCACCAAGACUAUCUUCAUUUAUUCGACAAAUGAGCGAUUCAAAGCCUACUCCAGAUUCUGCUGGUGCGAUUCGCGCUGCUGGUGGUGGAUUUGCCAAAAUGGAAGUUGCGCACGAGGAGGAAUAUUUUUAUAAAAUGAGACAAGACCAAUUGCACCAGCUGAAAGAAAAACAAAUGAGCGAACAUCAGUUUAGAGAAAAAGCUAUUAAAGACCAUGAACAAGCCAUUCAACGUCAUAAGGAAGCAAUUUCUGGUCUCAAAACAGAGAAAUAAAUUCCUCUUUCUGUUACAGUUCCAUCACCUACAGUUCCAUCAUUAAAAAUUAAAGCUAACAAAAAAUCAGAAAAUUUCAACACAUUAAAACAAUAAUAAUGAUAGUCAUGUAACAGUCUAUAGCAUUUAGACGUUUUCUUUUUUAUGAUGGAUCUGCUGCUUAGUUUCUGAAAUAAAAAUAUUCAAGCACGAGUUUUGUGAAAAUUAAA